AUGGAAGACCAACGACCGACUGUUUUAACCGUCUCAAUUGUCUUUUUUAUUGUCGCCACGGUUUUUGUUGCCUUGCGCUUCGUCUCUCGUCUUUUUAUAGUUCGCAAAAUUGCCCUGCAUGACUAUUUUAUGCUUCUGGCCUGGUUCCUUGAUUUCGGCUUCUCCUUCUCCCUCUUCUAUGCUACCCACCAGGGCCUCGGACUUCACGAUGUCAAUAUUCGCCCCGAGCAACGGCCCGGCCUCAAUCGCGCCGAUUACGCCUUUACCGUCCUUUACAACCCUACCUUGAUGGCCAUCAAAACUUCCAUCCUUGUUUUCUACCUGACCCUUACACAAGGCGAAAAGAUCUUCCGCUGGGCCACCUACGUCACCCUCUUCGUCGUCAAUGCCGCUGGCCUGGCCCUCACCCUUGUCAACGUCUUCCAGUGUCGUCCAGUCAGUGCUGCUGUCGCAUACCCCUUGCCCGACGGCGCCAAGUGCAUUGACAUCCUCACCCUCUAUCUAUCCUCCUCCCCAGUCAACAUCAUUACCGACCUGGCCAUCCUCUGCCUACCGAAUCCCAUUCUCACGCGUAUGCGCCUGCCGCGCAAGCAGAAAAUCAUUAUUGUCAUCACAUUCAGUUUUGGAUUUUUUGUCGCCGUAGUUGAUGUCAUUCGGAUCGCUUACAUUCAAGAUGCUGCGACUUCCCGUCAGAUCGCCCUCAAAGAAGUUCACCUUCAGGGUACCCCCGGCGACGAUUUGAGCUGGUACGCGGCAUUCUCCUUCAUGUGGUCCGUCAUCGAAGUCAAUGUGUCCAUUAUAUGCGCCUGCGUUCCUAGCCUCAAGCCGCUCGUCGCCAGAUUGCUUCCCAAGCUCAUUCGCGACACCGACGAAAAUUAUCAGGCCUCUUCGCCUGGCACCCAACCGCUACAGGCGCUGGCGCCCAUUGCAGUCGGGGACUCCGUGCCUCGACCUGCCCCGUCAAAUGGAACCCCAAACCCCAAACCCACCCAGUCGGAGAGUCGGAGCAGUCAGGCUGGCAGCGACGCACGCGUCGAUCUGACGGAGUUUCUGGCCGCCCCGCGGCCCCAAUCAGGCGUGGAAGCGACCGACGUGGAGCAGCGCACGAACACAGUGACCAAUUCCUCCUAUCCGCCCAGUAUCACCUUCUUCGACUUCGUCAAUAUGAAACAGCCCGCGAACAUGCUCAAGCUGAGCAACAAGGAGUCCAUCACACCGAUCGCGUUUACCACUGUUUUGUUCUUCCUCUGGGGCUUUGCUUACGGAUUGCUCGACAUGCUGAAUGAGCAAUUCAAGAAAAUUCUACAUCUCGGUGUAUAUCGGUCAUACGGCUUGCACGCGACCUACUACGGUGGGUAUCUGUUGGGCCCACCGCUUGUGGGCCGUCCGGUGCUCAAACAUUGGGGCUUCAAGGCUUCAUUCAUAACGGGCCUCUGCAUCUACGCAUGCGGCUCCCUCAUCUUCUGGCCCUCCGCUGUGUUGACUUCUUAUUCAGCGUUCGCUGUGUCCAACUUUAUUGUCGGGUUCGGCUUGGCCGUGCUUGAGACAGCCGGCAACCCGUUCAUUGCUCUAUGCGGUCCGCUCGAAAACUCCGAGAUUCGUCUGAACAUCUCACAGGGUGUCCAGGCUGUUGGCAGUGUUGUUUCGCAGCUUCUGGCGAAAAAGGUUCUGUUUAAAAAGGUUACUGAUGUAUCCUCCUUGGUAGACGUCCAGUGGACCUACCUUGGCAUCGCUCUAUUCGACGUGAUCCUGGCACUCGUCUUCUACUACCUGCCUGUUCCGGAGGCUUCCGAUGCUGAUUUGGAAGAGCUGGCAAAUCGUCGGCGAUCCGACAAUCGUGCUCGCGUGGCGGGGUUGCCGGUGGUUUGGGUCACACUGGGCCUGGGUAUAUGGUCCGUGUUCAUGUAUGUCGCGGGCCAAGAAGUCUUGUCCAUGAGCUUCGCGCGUUUUGUCGAGGAGGUCCAUCCAAACGCUUCCUUAAGCCCCUUCGAAUUCUUGACCAUUGGGCACACAGUCUUUGCAGUAGGGCGUUUUCUAGCCGCUCUUCUGCAAUGGUUUCUGAAGCCUCGCUGGAUUCUGCUGUUGUCCUACAUUGGCAUGAUUGUGUGCGCCGCGCUGUGCAUGCAUACCACCGGCCUCACGGCGGUGACAAUGGCGGAGCUUGUAUAUCUGUUCGAAAGCGGUGCCUUUAGUAUCAGUUUUGCCAUUGCUUUGCGGGGCACGGGACGGCAUACCAAGACAGCCGGCUGUUUGCUGACGAUGGCCAUCGGAGGGGGCGGUAUCUUCCCGUUUGCGCAGUACGCAGCGCAACUGGUAGGCGGCGUACCCUACUCGUAUAGCGUUCUCGUGGCGGUCUCCGCCGCGGGCGCCAUAUUCCCAAUAUACUUGAACCUCGUACCGGCAGCCAAGAAGCAGGUGGAUCCGGUGCCCAACGAACAUCUGCGACAUCCUCGCCGCCGUAGCCGCGGCGUGCCGCGUGCCAAGGACAAUCCGUCUGUGGGUGGAGUGCUGUCGCGACGGCGCAGUGUGCUCUUGGAUCCGCUACCGACCGUGCAACUGACGGAGUGA